AUGGCAAAGCCCUCUCGUUUUAUAUCACAUUCGGAUGUAUCGAGAUUAACAAUAAAAGAGCCACGAGAAAGAGACGAUGAUUCUAAAAGUUUUUCUCCAUCGACCAUCAGUCGUACAUCAUCAGUUUUAAUGUCAACAUCGAGCAGUAUCAAUGACAGAAAUCCAGAAAUUAUCGAUCAAAUAAGAGAUGCAUUUACAAUAUUUGAUAAAGAGUUUACUGGAUCGAUAACAACAGAACAAUUUAGUAAAGUCCUCGAAGGUUUGGGAUAUACUGUUCCUGAGGCUGAAUUAGUGCUAUGGAUUCAACAAUUGGAUACCGAUCAGUCUGGUAAGUAUCAACAGGAUAUUCCAUUACAUACAGUAGUCAGCGCAGGGUUACCUCACCUCUUAGCGGAUUUGAGAUCUAUAAUAACGAACUUGGGAGAAAAGGUGACCGCUGAAGAUCUCGAUGAAAUGAUACGUGAGGCUGAUAUUGAUAAAGAUUACAAAGUCAGUUUUGAUGAAUUCCAACGAAUAAUGAGUUUUAAAUGA